CUAAUAAACGUAUCAGCUAAAUCAUGGAGAAGCCAUUCUCAGGCUUUUUCUUCUCUUCUUCCUUUUGAUUUUCUCGUAAAAUCUAACAUAGACGCGAGACGCGACCUCGCCUCUUGAUCCUAUCCAAUUUUUUUUUAUGCGUACUGUUUCUUACACCAUGGAAUGACGAUGACAUAAGAAAAAGUGCACGAGAAAUGCGGGAGGUACAGAAAGUGUAGGUGUAGGAGAGAAGAACGAUAUUUUCAGAUAACUCCGACGCCGACGACGAGGUCGGUUUGGAUCGGUUUCGAGGUGUUGCAUUUGAGUUUGACAGUCGGAAAAACGUCGGGGAAGAGAUGAGACGAAAGGCGGGAGUGGGCGCGAUACAGAAGCAGAAGUUGGAGCAGGAGAAAUAUCGGGACAAGGGCACGGAGAUCCAGGAAAACCAGUUCGAGCAGAUGACGAAGCACAUGGAGACGUUCCGCGUGAACCUCGAGGAGUUUGCCUCGAAGCACAAGAACGAAAUCAGAAAGAACGCGCACUUUCGACGCCAGUUCACGGAGAUGUGCGCCUCGAUAGGCGUAGACCCGCUGGCGUCCGGCAAGGGUUUCUGGUCGGUGCUGGGCAUCGGCGAGUUCUACUACGAGCUCGCCGUCCAGAUCGUCGAGGUCUGCAUGGCGACAAACUACAAGAACGGCGGCCUGAUAUCGCUGGACGAGCUAAGAACACGCCUGAUUCAGGCCAGAGGCCGCAGAAAGGAGCAUCAGGAGAUCACUAACGAGGAUUUGCUGGCAGCUGCGAAGAAGCUGAGGAUAUUCGGGAAUGGCUUCUCUGUAGUUCCCAUCGGCAGGGGAAAGCAUCUGGUGCAGUCGGUGCCUGGUGAGCUCAGCAUGGACCACACUGCUGUGCUGCGUCAGGCCAGCUUAUCCACAAACGCCUAUGUCUCCAAGUCCAUCCUGUGCAGAGAGCUGAAAUGGGAAGAGGACAGAGCACAGAAGGCUCUAGAUCACAUGAUGAAGGAGGGAUUGGCUUGGCUGGACAAGCAAGCGGAAGACGAGACCCUGUAUUGGUUUCCUAGUUUAUUUACAGCUUGCAUUGUUUCCAAAGAAUAAACUCAGUGUUUGUAUCAGUGUUAUCAAAUAGAUAGGAAAUAAUUUAAAGAAUUAACGUUGCUUCUUAAGAUUUGUAUCUCUUUGGUAAAUAGAGCCAAUAUCUUUGUAAUAUUUACAGCAUCUGAGAUACGUCGGAAUGGUCCUGUACCUAGUAUGAGGCAUUGUCACCUAAUCUCAGAUCCUUGUACAUAACUAAAAUCACAAGAGACCAAGAAAGAAAUAUAAGUAAAAAGAUACUGUUUUGAUACAACUCUAAAUUUCUCUGAGAUUUUAUAGUACAAACCUAUGUUGCAUAGUGUCUGUUCUAAGUUGAGUAAAUUGCUGUUUGCCAAGCAGGAGCGCUUUGUGUAGCUCGGCAUUCUCUCUUCGUAACGAGGUAAUUUUUCCACGUAAUUCCUUAGACUUUACUUGAAAUCGCGCAGUCAGAGAUUUUGCUUCGUCCCUCCAUCUUAAAAUCAAAUCAAUUUUGUCUUAGCCAGAUUUUAGAUAGUGAUAAAUUUAAAUAAUAAUAAUAAGUGAAAUUAGACUGACAUGUCUAUAAAUAAUUCAAAUAGAGAAAUAAGUUUUUUUAGUCGAAACAGAUCUUGAUGUUUUAAUAAUAUUUUUUGCAUGAAUAUUUUAUACACAGGAAUGUAUAUAAAAUUCGUAAGUUCUGCUUUGACUGAAAAAAGUUUUAUUUCUCUCUUAUCUAAUUGUAAGUAAAUUUCAUUACCUUCUGCUUAAUUUUUGGUGAAUUGUCACAUGCUGUGUCAUCUCUCUUAUUUUUUUAUCAAAAUGUUCUUGUUGCUUGCUUAAUUGUUCAGUUAACAGAGACUGCCAAUUAUGGUCCAUAUUUUCAAUCCUAGAUAUAGAAUAGAUUUUUACAAGCACGUCCAAAGCGAAAGAAUUAUUUAUUUUAUGUAAAUAUAAUAUUAUAUAUGUAUUAAAAUGUAUAAUAAAUUAUUUACCUUAUA